AUGAAAAAGGGCGACGCGAACCCAGCCUGCGCCGUGUGCAAGUACCAGAGGAGGAGAUGCACUCCCAACUGCCCCUUAGCCCCUUAUUUCCCGGCCAACCACCCCAACACCUUCCAGAAUGUUCACCGUCUAUUCGGGGUCUCCAACGUAACCAAAAUACUCGACAGCCUACACAGCUCCGACCAGAAGGAGGACGCCAUGAAAUCCAUCAUCUUCGAGGCUGAGAUGCGGCGGAGGUAUCCGGUCCACGGCUGCUCGGUCAUUAUACAACAGCUUCGUUUUCAGAUAGAGUGCGCGCACCAAGAGCUCCGUCGCCUGUAUUCUCUGUGUUUGCAGGUUGCCGCUUGUGAGGAACAAUUGAAUAAUAAUAAUUAUAACAAUCAUUUGAAUUUGGAUAUUGGAUCGGGUAAUGGAAAUGGCGCCGCUAUUGAUGAUAAAAUGAUGGCGAUGGACGAUGACAGUAGUGCAGGAAUUCCACAUCGGAGGUCGGAGGCUUUUUUUGCUCAUUCCACGGCCUCGAGGAAGGAUGGCGUCGGCCUGGGCCCGCAACCUCUUUCUCCAGCCAGGAUUGUGCAUCGUCCUUCAUCGUUGCCUCUUACCCUCUGCCAGCCGUUGGAGCCCCUUGGCUUGCCGCUUUUCCUCUUAAAUUCUGAAUGGCGUCUCUCCAGUUUGACCAUGCGCGGACAUGUGGUGUAG